AGACGUCAUGGAUGACGACGACCUAGCACUACCCGCCGAUACACUAGCCAUCCUCAACGAAUUCCUGGCAGAGCGUUCUAAGCGUGAAGCCGAGGAAGAGGAUCGAAUUGUGAAUCAGGACGGCAAGGAGGCAACAUUCGAAGAGAAUUGGCAAUUAAGUCAAUUUUGGUACAGCAAAAAGACCAAACUCGCGGUCCGCGACAUUGUGGGAAAGCUUUUGAAGGAACAAACAGGUGACCAAGAGGCAUGCAACUACCGCAUAGCUUUGCUGUCUUGUCCAUCUCUUUACAAGGAUAUUAAAGAUAUAUAUGAGCAUGUCAGCAUCUUCGAGUACGAUGAACGUUUUGCCGCUUAUGGGAAUGAUUUUGUCCACUAUGACAUCAAUUGCAUAGACGGCAAUCCAGACUAUCUGAUAAAUCACCACAAGAGAUACGAUUUAAUCAUAGCGGAUCCGCCGUUCUUGUCACAGGAGUGCAUUGGAAAAAUAUCAGAGAUUAUCCUCAAGUUGCAGCGCAGUGCGAGCAAAUCCAAGCUGAUCUUUUGCUCUGGAGAAGUCGUAGAGCCCUGGCUAACUGCCAGUUUGCCUGUGCACAAGUGCAAUUUCCGACCCGAACAUGAGCGAAAUUUGGGCAACGAAUUUGUUAGUUAUGCCAACUUCAAUUUGGACAAUUAUAUUUAAAGAUGAACCGAAA